GCGUAACAUCCUGUGGAAUAAAGGAUACGCGUUUGAAAUAGUCCAUGGCUUGAUACUUUGUGUUUAAAAAACAAUUCCCAAAUGUCAGCAUAAUGAAUUACAUGCCAGGGACCGCGAGCCUCAUCGAGGACAUCGAUAAAAAACACCUUGUACUGCUUCGAGAUGGAAGAACGUUAAUUGGCAUCCUCAGAAGUAUAGAUCAGUUUGCCAAUCUAGUUUUGCAUCAGACAGUUGAACGUAUCCAUGUAGGUAAAAAAUUUGGUGACAUACCUCGAGGGAUAUUUGUCGUCAGAGGAGAAAAUGUUGUCUUGCUUGGAGAAGUAGAUCUGGAUAAAGAAUGUGAUCAAAUCCUCCAGAGAGUUUCUAUUGAGGAAAUUUUGGAAGAACAGCGUACAGAACAGCAAGCCAAGCAAGAAUCAGAGAGGCUAAAGCUACAGGCUGUGAAAGAGCGAGGGUUAUCGAUUCCUAAAGCUGACACAUUAGAUGAUUUCUGAAACAACUUUUAGUUUGUUUGUUUUUUUUUUUGGUGGUGAUUUUAUUUGUCUUAUUGAAUGGUUUUGUUUGGUAUGAGACGACAUCUAGACUGAAAUCAUUUUGCCAUUUCAUAGAAGAGUGGGUCUCCUCUUGAAGUGUGACUUCCAAGAUUUGUUUUUAUCAACUUCUCUAGAGGCACAUUUUGAGAAUUGGUCACCGUCUGAGAGAUGGCACAAACCCUGGAGCACUUGGCCUGCGGGCUCUUUUUUUUGUAAACAACAGUAAUGGUAUACAAGAAAAGGCUUAUUUCAGUGUUUACUGUUAUGAUUAUUAAGUUGACAUGCUAUGUAAAACAUGAAACAACACUGAAAAUAUUUUUGUUCUAUUAAACCUGUUUUAUACUGUU